CUCGUGGUGGUAAACCAGGAAGAUUCAUAAGAACACAAGGAACUCUAGGUUGACUACAAGAAAGGGAAUUGAAAUUUGGGAGUGGUACACAAUCGGCAGGAUCGAUAUGCUUGUGCAAGUGUUAAACAAUUAUUGCAAGAAUUUCUUGGUUUGGUGGAUGAGGAACAAGUUUGCCAGUAGUUGUAGUAUUUGUAUCGUUAGUAGGAGAAAAGUAGAGCACUGAUUGUAUGGCUAGUAGUAUCAGUAGUUUUAGUACAGUUUGUAUAGCUUGUGGUAGUAGUAGUACUAUUACUGUUUGUAUUGCUAGUACUAGUAGUAGUACAAUUUGUUUCAUCAGGAAGUGAUACCGAAGGAGAAUCAUAAUAAGAAAAACUAGCAACCACGAUGUUUGUCGAUGAAAAUGUUAUGAUGAUCAAACAAAACGCGGGCAGAAUUAGUUUAGAACAAUCCAUGGUGACUUGAGAAGAAAAUCUGUUGUAAUAUGAGUUUUGGUUUGUUUAGCAUCUAUUUAUAGAGUCAAUUACUUAUAGAGUCAAUUACAAUGGAUUUAGAUUUAAUAACUAGACCUAUCCAUCUGUUGGCAUGUACAUGUUAAAGGACCAUCUCUGAUUACUUACUGAUGUUCUAGAAGUACUUGAAUAAAUAUGCUCAAAAAUGUAAUAGGGAUUGUUAUUGGUGUGCAAUCUAUUCAAUUUCUCAUUUUUAUAAUGAAUCCAAGAAAUAUAUUAGAUGUACUUAAUGCAAUUCAUGUUCAAGUUUAAUUGACUAGCUAUCUCGUUAAUUAAUCUCACACUCAUGAUAUAUCAUCCAGUUAAACUUUGAAAGUUCUUACUCAGAAUAGACCGUGAAAAACUUGUCUGAAGUUCGUUGGUAUACACUUGUUUUUCUAGAGUCUUUUUAAAAAAAAAAAUAUAUAAAAAAAUGGUGGAUUUUAUUUGUUGAUUUUUUGACACGUUAUUCGCAAAUAAAAUAUGGAAAUGGAGUAGAGAGGAUAAAAUGUAUUCCCGUAGACCAAUCAAUGGGUACAUAGGAUAUAAUGUAUUACGGAGUUCGAGUGGCAUACGCGGCAAUACAAUACCAUCAGCACCACAUCAUCUUCCCACCUCCCUAAUGAUUUAACAAAAGUAUAUAUGUUAGCCAAACACAAACUAGUCAAAUCAGUCUAGGGUUUUGGUAUAUUUGUGGAUUUGCCAUUGCCAGUGCCAAUCAAGUACUUAUAAACUUGGUGGUUACUGGUACCCGGAUCUAGAGCAACUGCUGCCUGCAAACAGAGGAUUUGCGUUUGUCAUGCAUUUUAGAGAAUAGCAUCUCUAGGUUCCCAUGCAAAUGCUUUUUGUGGAAAUACUUCCUCUGGUGAUUUAGAUGACAUUAUCGAUCGCUUAACUGCUAAUCACACUGGUCUUUCGUUUUCAGUAUUUUUUUUUUCUUGUGGUUGCUGAAAUGAGUGCUAACUUGGAGUUUAUAUUUAUAACUUAUAGUGUUCUUUGACCCUGCAUAUGAUUCAUGUAUCUGUUUCUCCGAGACGUAUCUGUUUCAUGGAAAUACAGUCUGCGGUCAAUUAUCAUACUUGGCCAGUUGCAUGGAUUUUUGCCCAUUUUGUUGUGACAUCUCAUUGUUUUAAACCGGAGGAAGUUGUGCUUAGGUCUUACAAAAGUGAUACUACAGGCUUAAAGUUCAUAGCUAGUAUGUGAUGGGUAGGAGGCCCAUACUAAUUACGGUAGGAGCCCAAUAAUAGCUUAGUUUUUAUCUAAAGUAAAUAAAUAGGGUUUUGGACUUAGUCGUACCUAGCCUCAUACCGAAUGAAGUUAGCAAUCAGGAUUAAGAAAAAGAAACAAAAGAGGGAAAACGAGAGUCCCGUCGUCGAAAACUUGGGGUGAGGUGAAAAUCAAGUCGCUUGAUAAGCUUGGGUUCUGUAUGUGAAGGAAGCUCCACCUAGAACGAUAGAAUUUGGACGCAUCCUCGAAUAUAAGCUAGUGUUGAUUAAACAUCGCAAAGUAGAAUCAAUUAUGGUUUGUGAAAGUAGAAUGUACCAUAGUCAUGUCAACGAAGUCUCCACUCUCCAAAACCUUUACAUCCAGGUCUCACACAUAGGGCCUGUCACAGUCAUGGAUUCAGCUCCAUCCAAGCAGUAUUCAGAUGAUGUUAGCCUUGUCAUGGUUUUACUGGAUACUAAUCCUUUCUUUUGGGGCGGAGAAAACACCACAACAAAAGUCUCUUUCUCAAAUUUUCUUAUUCAUGUAAUAUCUUUUCUUAAUUCUGUUCUCCUUCUUAAUCAACUUAACCAAGUUGUCGUAAUUGCUACUGGGUACAACUCAUGUGAUUACAUUUUUGAUUCUUCAACAUCUGAGUCAUUAAAUGUUAGUUCGGGUAAUGGAAAAAUGCCUGCACUUUGCUCCAAGAUGUUGCAAAAAUUGGAGGAAUUUGUAAUCAGGGAUGAACAAUUGAGCAAAGAAAACUCUCCAUCUGGAAUCGUGUCGUCUCUAUUAUCAGGAUCUUUGUCUCUGGCUCUCUGUUAUAUUCAAAAGGUGUUGCGGUCUGGAAGGCUUCAUCCAAAUCCCAGAAUUUUGUGCCUGCAGGGAUCUCCAGAUGGACCUGAACAAUAUGUUGCAGUAAUGAAUGCAAUAUUCUCGGCACAACGUUCUAUGGUACCUAUAGAUUCAUGCAUCGUAGGGGUUCAGCAUUCUGCCUUCCUACAACAGGCUUCUUAUAUAACUGGUGGUGUCUACUUGAAGCCCCCACAACUGGAUGGCCUUUUUCAAUAUCUUUCAACAGUAUUUGCAACAGAUUUGCAUUCCCGCAGCUUUCUGCAGCUUCCUAAACCUGUAGGGGUAGACUUUCGUGCUUCAUGCUUUUGCCACAAAAGUACCAUUGACAUGGGCUAUAUCUGCUCGGUUUGUUUAUCUAUAUUCUGCAAGCAGCACAAGAAAUGUUCAACCUGCGGAUCGGUAUUUGGGCAAGCCAACCCAGAAGUUAAGUUGCCUACAGAUAGAAAGAGAAAGGCUAUAGAUCUUAACGCCGCCUACAAUUAGUAUAGAGAUUCUAGUUUGCGGUGGCAAUUUACAUCAUCCUAUAGUUGAAAAUUGUCCACAAAUAUAUUUUUUUGGCUCCAAAUGUGGCAUACAUGAUUUCAAUCCAGAACUCUUUUAACUUUGUGGAUUCUCAAUUUUGUUACUGACUGAACCUAAGAAAGGCAUCACGUGGUGCAAUGUGCAGUGGAAUACUUGCUGGUUUGUCCAACAUGCAAUAGAAUAUUUGAUGGGGUUCGUUUUUUCCCCCAAGUAGGGAUAGAUAAUAGAUAAAUGGAAAUGUAGUUCAACUACAAUUGACAA